GAACUUUUCGCUCUUCACUCUGUGUUCUAACGUUGAUCAAAUGAUGUCGCUCAGAAGUACAGUUGAACGUCGAUUAUCCGGGGGCGGAUUAACUGUCAGGCGGAUUAACCGGCGGGCAGAUUAAGCGUGAGCCGAAAAUAGACAGCUGUUGAACCGUGGUAAACUUUUGUACCUAUUAGCUUGAUCCAGAAUCAUUUUUAGCAUCAGAAGGAUCACCAUAGUAUAGUAUAUAGACGCUUUAUACGCUUUGGCUAGAUAUAUAAAUGACCUUGAUAUUUAAGGAACUAUUAUCCGUGGAAAUCGAUUACCCGGCAUCAGUGCGAUCCCCGAGCACACCGCAUAAUCGACGUUCUACUAUAUAUUAAAACAAAAGAAAGUCUUUUGGGCUCCUACGAUUAAUUAAGCCGUUUGCGCCAUGUUCGAAAAAUUUGAAAUCAUUUUCGAAAUCCAAACCGUUUUCGAAUUAUAUUUUCGGUUCACUUCGGAUAAAUUCGGUAAACUUCGGCUUUGACAGCGCCACCUGCAUCUGAACAUUUGUACUAUUACCGGUCGUUUUUUUAACUUUGACAGCUGAUUGUAGCAUCAUUUAUUGUCGUUUCAUUUAAAGUCGAUGUUGUUGGAUAUUGUGUAUCACCGUAAUUUGGUAGUUUUGACUUGAUAAUAGCACUAAAAUGGCACGUAAAGGGGAAGUUCAAAUCAUUAAUCCACCCAGUGAUGUGAUAUCGACGGUGAAGUUUUCUCCCAAAACGAACCAAUUUCUGCUUGUUUCGUCAUGGGACACCAGCGUCCGAUUGUACGAUAUUGUCAACAACACGCUGCGGCAUAAGUUUUUCCACUCUUCACCCGUGCUGGAUUGCGCUUUUUUGGAUUCCGUAAAAACCGUCAGCGGUGGGCUGGACAAUACUGUGAAGCUGUACGAUUUGAACACACACAUCGAGCAUAACCUUGGAACGCACGAUGCUGCCGUGAAGUGUGUUGAGUAUGCGUCGAUGGUCAACGGGAUUCUCACCGGAAGCUGGGACCGAACGGUGAAGCUGUGGGAUGGACGUGAGAAGGAGUGUGUGGGAACGUAUGACCAGAGUGCCGGCAAGGUGUACUCGAUGAGCUGCAUCGAGGAACGGCUCGUAGUGGCCACCUCCGACAGGAAGGUGUUGAUCUGGGAUCUGCGACACAUGAGCAACUACGUCGAGCGGCGCGAAUCAUCGCUCAAGUAUCAAACCCGUACCGUGCGUUGCUUCCCAAACAAGGAAGGGUACGUGAUGAGCUCUAUCGAGGGGAGAGUAGCGCUCGAGUACUUCAAUCCGAACCCGGAAUGGCAAAAGAAAAAAUUCGCCUUCAAGUGCCACCGGUCGAAACAGAACGAGAUCGAACAUAUCUAUCCGGUGAAUGCGAUUAGCUUCCAUAAUGUGUACAAUACCUUCGCCUCCGGUGGUUCGGAUGGUUUCGUAAACAUCUGGGAUGGGUUCAACAAGAAACGGUUGUGUCAAUUCCACAUGUACGAUAGUUCGAUAUCUAGUUUGUGCUUCAGUGACGAUGGAAGCGCAUUGGCGAUCGCUUGCUCUUACAUGGAUGAAGCUGAAACACCACCGGAACCGUACCCAGAACCGAUACUGUACGUACGUUACGUGAGCGAGCAGGAAACGCGGCCAAAAUAGGGUGGAUUGGUUUACGCUGUAAAUGUGUUGCAUGUAUUAAA